AUGAAACAUGCUCAUCACAUUCCACUUCUGGUGCAUUAUUUCAUUCUAUUCAGCCCAAUCAUCAUCGCCAUGAUUUCCGGCAAAGAAUUGGUUCGUUGGACUGUCUACAUGGGGAUCCCAACGAUUUCUCUUUUGCGACUCGCCGUUCCGAACAAUCGUGUGCGACAGGCUAUCGCACAUCGUGUGGCCCAAGUCGAUCAAUCCAGUGUGAGUGCUAUGAAUGGUUGA